AAAGGACUCUGCUGGGCAGAAGCGCGUGGAGAGAAGUGGCUUCUAAAAAUACUGUCCAGCUUAAGUAUUUCAAAUAUUCUCAUAGGCUGUGAGCACAUUCGAUGAACUACAAUCUUCCCAUGUCUCAUUUGUUCAAUCUAAAGUGCUGCCUGAGGAUGAACCGUUCCUUCAAAAACCUUCAGUCUGACCUGUGGACAAUCGGCACUGUGGUCUGCAUUACAGAAGAUACUCAGUGAGUACCAGUAACAACAGCAUCAGCAUCUGAAGUUCCUUAGACUGGGAUUGGCACAGCUAGCUCCAAGGCCAUGUUUCUGCAUGAAGAGAGGCCAUUCUGUGACUACUCCUUGCCCCUCAACCCUCAGCAGAACAGCUACACCUCCUGCCCCCCAGAAUGGAAAGAUGCAGUUCUCAGGAGUCAAUGUCGGGAUGCUAUGAAAGCAGAAGCGCAGGCCGAAAUUUGCGCUCAGCAGACACGGGUGUCGCUACAGGGCCGCGAACUAUGGGACAGAUUCCGAGACAUAGGAACGGAGAUGAUAAUCACAAAAGCUGGCAGGCGGAUGUUUCCCGCUUGCAAAGUCAGCGUCACUGGACUGAACCCCAAGACCAAGUACGUGCUGAUGAUGGACAUGGUGCCUUUUGAUGACAAUAAAUACAAGUGGACCAAGGACAGAUGGGAGGUGAACGGCGUGACGGAACCCCACCUCCCCAACCGCUUCUUCAUCCACCCGGACUCCCCUGCUCUUGGGGAGAGGUGGAUGCAGUACCCGGUCUCCUUCCACAAACUCAAGCUCACCAACAACACCCUCAACACCAACGGCCUGGUGAUUCUGCACUCCAUGCACAAGUAUCAGCCCCGCCUGCACAUCCUCCCGACCCCUGACCCCUGCAGCCCACUCUCCAGAGGUUACCUGCGUUUCACCUUUCCCGAGGCCGCGUUCAUCGCCGCAACCGCCUACCAGAACCCCCAGAUAACAAAACUUAAGAUAGACAACAACCCAUUUGCAAAAGGCUUUCGUGAUCAUGGGCUAAACAGUAAAAGGCAGAGGGAGAGGCCAUUCCAGAACUCCAGGAAACAGCCAGCAGAUAGUUCACCUGAAUCAGGACCCAAAAGCCAGACAGCGGUGAAGGCGUUUGAUGCAGGCGAUGGAGCGGACCUCACCGUUUCAAGCUCAGAAGACGCCCUCAGCUCGGCAUCGCGGGUGGAGAGUGGGAACGCCCCGAACCCUUUCAUCUCCGCGUUCAUGAAGCGCUGUGCGGCAGACACUGCCUGUGGUGUGGAGGAAUGGACAGAGGGCAUCAAGUACCUCAGCAACCAGGAUACGCUCCCUGCCGCACCUUAUACCAGCUCUAGCUGCUACAAAACCAUCGGCCUCUCCCGACCUCCUCCUCAGGGCCUGUGCUCAGAGAGCCUGGGCUGCGGGGGCCUCCCCCACCUCCUCCACCCGCCCCACCCGCCCCAGGCUCUGCAUUCUGAGAGCAGCAGAGCUGACAACCAGCCGCAGCGCCCUGGCAACCAUCCUCCCGCCAUCUUGGAGGCCGGCACGGCGGCGAAGGGGGAGCUCCAGAGGCAGCCGGGGUUCGACUUCUCUCUCCCGUACCCCCCCAAAGUCAGCAGGGUCCACCUCCCCGAAAGCACCCUGCGGAGCCUGGAGAUGACCGCUCCGUGCGUCCCCAGCAGUCCCCGCCCCCUCGCGGACAUCAUCAACAGGAUUCGGGGGAGGCGAGAGGGCAGUCCGGGGAAACUCCCGCCGGCUCAGGCCACCUGGCCGCCCCUUCUCCUGGGCAAGGAGGCCUCGGCACAGUCGUACCAGUCGCCGUUCGACCACAGCGGCGAGCCCCUGGUGUUGCAGGGCAUGCUGGGAUACCCGAGUGGCACGGCGGCCGGUGCGCAGGCGGGCAGCGGCCCCGCAGACGCCCGAGUGCCGCUGUUGCCCGCGGACUACCCCUACAAAAUGCCCCUGCUCGACUUCUACAUGAAUGACUUCACCAGGAAAUGAGGACCACAGACGUAUCAGAGAGACAUGCUUUUGUAGUUAGAGACCCUGAGACACCCCCAGCAACUGAUAGUACAAUUGUGCUGUUUCUUUCUUUUUCUUUUUUUUUUGGUAAAUUGGAAACUUUAAGGUGUAUAUACCAGAUUUCCCUUCCUUUGCUCUUUGAGUUUGUUACAGCUCAAGGCGUAUCCCUUUGCCUGAUGAGAAAGGUGUUAAUGGAGGUUUAUAAAAGGUUUCAGUACUCCAGUAGCAUUAAUUGUAAGCAUUGACUUUAUGGAGGUUUUUUUUAUCCUUAGAGAAAACAUACACAGUAUAAAUAUAUCCUAAGUAUAAAAUAUAUAAUCUAAUGAUUCUUAGCAUGUCCUACUGAGGUUAUAGAAAGAAACCUCUUUGUAGUACUUCCUUGGUAACACAGCCCCCCCAGGGUUGUGGCUGUGAGAAGAGCUUUAUUAUAAACUCCAAAAUGGUGCCAGUGGGUAAAAUGCUCGGCUGUCAUUUCAAAUGCAAACACAACUGGCGGUCAGCGGGCACAGAAAAGUCGUGUACUCACCACAUCCUUUACUCGGCAGUUGCCUUGAGGGCUCAAUCGUGUGGCAUGUCGACUGCAGUAUAAUUCUCUUCAGUUGCAACAUUGUAUGAUACGCAUAUGUGCAUCCUUAUAGUGCAGCUUGUCAAGCGUGUGAACUCAUGGUCAUGGCCAUCCACACAAUUCAAAGAUGAAUACUGCGUAUGCACGACCACCAGAAUUUUUGCAAACUAGUAGGAUAACCCUCAAGGACUUCCAUUUGCGCACACACAACAAGUACCGCUUCCUGUUCACUAUGCAAAGCUUAGAAUUUGAACAGGAAUCCACUUUUUGAAACAACGUGACUGCCUCCAUUUCCCUUCCCUUAACAGCAAGGGGCCAGCCUUAGAGCUAUUAGUUUCGCCAGUUGAUAUGAUGUCACCCAUAAGUGUUAGUCCCAUUGGACUCCAUUCAUGUUUGACAGCAAAUAAAAAAUAUUUCUGCUCACA